CACCGCUCUUUUACGACAGUGUCGCAGCCCCCGCCCUCCCGCCGGCUGCCGCGCUUGACGGCGGCGCGGCCGCGAUGGCGUCUCCCUUCAGCGGAGUGCUGCAGCUGACGGACCUGGACGACUACAUCGGGCCCUCGCAGGAAUGUAUCAAACCUGUAAAGGUGGAAAAAAAGCCUGGGAAAGCAGCAGCUAAGAUCAAAAUUGAAGCUGAUGGGAGCUAUUUUCAGAUCAGUCAGGAUGGAGGAGCACAGAAACUGGAGAAGGCUAAAAUUACUCUGAACGACUGUUUAGCUUGUAGUGGCUGCAUUACAUCAGCAGAGAGUGUUUUAAUCUCUCAGCAGAGCCAUGAAGAGUUCUACAAAACUCUGGCUUUUAACAAGACUGCAGCCCCCAACGAGCAGAAGUUGGUGGUGGUUUCUGUUUCACCACAAUCCAGAGCUUCACUGGCUGCAAAAUGUAAAAUGAGUCUUCUGGAAACUGCAAAGAAGUUGACUGCAUUCUUGAAGAGUCAAGGUGUGCACUAUGUAUUUGAUACAACUUUCUCAAGAAACUUCAGCCUGCUGGAGAGCCAAAAAGAGUUUGUAAAACGCUUUCGAAAGCACUCUGAAGACAAAAAGGCUUUGCCAAUGCUGGCUUCUGCCUGUCCAGGUUGGAUCUGCUAUGCAGAGAAAACCCAUGGCAGUUUCAUCAUUCCUUACAUCAGCACCACUAAGUCUCCACAGCAGAUCAUGGGCUCCUUGAUAAAGGGCCAUUUUGCAGAGCAGCAGCACUUAACGCCUGAUAAGAUAUACCAUGUCACAGUAAUGCCCUGUUAUGACAAGAAGCUAGAGGCUUCCAGGCCAGACUUCUUCAACCAAGAAUACCAAACUCGUGAUGUGGACUGCGUAAUUACCACAGGAGAAGUGCUAAAGUUGUUGGAACAAGAAAAAGUAUCUCUCUCAGAUGUAGAUCCUGCUCCUUUGGAUACCAUGUUUAGUAGUGCCACAGAGGAGGAACUCACUGGCCACUCAGGAGGUGGCUCUGGUGGCUAUUUGGAGCACAUAUACAAGCAUGCAGCCAAGGAACUCUUUGGCAUUGAAGUGGAUACAAUUCAGUACAAACCUUUAAAAAACAAGGACUUCCAAGAGGUGACACUGGAGAAGGAUGGAGUAGUUCUGCUCCAGUUUGCUUUGGCAUAUGGGUUUCGAAACAUACAAAACCUAGUGCAGAAGUUGAAACGAGGGAAGUCACCCUACCACUACGUUGAAGUCAUGGCCUGCCCAUCAGGUUGUUUAAAUGGAGGUGGCCAGAUCAAAGUGGAAGGUGAAUCCAGCAAGGACUGGCUUCAGCAAGUUGAGAAGCUGUAUGAAUCUCUUAGGACUGAAAUUCCAGAGAAGAACCGGACUGUAACCGACCUGUACGAGCAGUGGCUGGGCGGCACUGAGUCCGAAAAGGCAGGGAAAGCUCUGCAUACAGAAUACCACGCAGUGGAGAAAACAAGCACUGGAUUUAACAUCAAGUGGUGAAGGCUGAUGCUGGAAGCAGACUGGGAGGCCCAGAUACGCUCAGUGCCUUUUAAGUUGAUUGUAUUUAAGAUUCUCAAGAGACAGCUACAGUUCUGUGCCGUCACUGGGGAACUGCAAUUUCGUACUCUCAGUCAGGGAGGAGCAAAUGUGCAAAGAGGCAGGCAGUGUUAAUUCCUCAAGCUUUAUAAUUACUGAAGUGAUAUGAAUAAAAACUAAACAGUGACUUAAAGUUUGUUAAAAGAAGCAGUAAUGGACUUAGGACUAUAUCUUAGGACUAAAUCUGCGCUCCCUUUGCAAUCCUAUCCCUACCAGAACUGAUGGGUUUAAGGUACUGAGGAGCUUGGCUUGCAGCAGACUGCAACCUCACCACCAGGAGCUGUGUGCUGCAUGAGAACAUUCCUCAGCCAGGCCUCACUGUGUUUUCACAGCGCUGAGCUUUAUGGCUGUCUGCGCUAGGACGUUCUCCUUUAGUUAUAAAUGGUCUCAUUAGGCCCUGGGCUCUGUUCUGUGUCACUGCCCCUGACUGGCUGCCCUUGAAGCGCAGCUGCAGCAUCUUUGCACUGUCAGAGGGGCGGGCCCCAGCAGCCCACAGUCAUGAGAGAAGCGUUGUCCCCAGGGCUGCUGUAUGGUGUGCCAAAAUGGGACUUGAAAGAAUGUUUAAAAACCAAAAGCCAUCUACAUUACCCUGGCCCCAAGUCAGUUACUGACAAAUAAUAUCCUUGCAUCCAGAGAAAAUUGUUUUUACAUCCUAUCAAGUGAGAAUGAAUGGCCAGCUGUCUUUUUGACAGUCCUUGGUGUCUCUGAAAGGUGUCAGUUUAUAAAAGUUGACAGAAGAAGACAGAGAUGUAAGUGUUACUGCAGGUAAUUACUGGAACAACCCAAGAGGUUUGCAAAAAUACGCCUGGCUUAAUGCAGUGUAUUGCAGAGCCUUGCCAGGUGACGUGGAUGCAAACGAUUCGUUGUGGGAUGAUGUGUGCUUGUCUCGCUGUCUGUAUUUCUACAUAUGGAUACUUCCAGAACUAUUUACAAAAAAAAAAAAAGUGAAUGACUAA